AUGAUCACCGAUAUUUACCACCCGGGGGAAAAAAUAGAAAAUGAAUUCGUUAAGGAGAAAAUUCGUUCCAAAAUAAACGACAUGCUAAAAUGGAAGCGCAAGGGGUUCCCAGGAAGCAAUCCAGUAUCGCUAACAAAAAACAACAUCAGGAAUCUGUUUAGCAAGGAUUAUUUAAUAUGCGAAAAGACCGACGGAGUGAGGUACUUUCUAUUUAUUGCUUCGAACACGACUUUCCUAAUUGAUAGGAAUUAUGAUAUCUUCAAAAAUGAUAUCCACAUCCCUACACAUGACGAUUUGCACGCCAAGCAGCAGUUGACAUUACUCGAUGGAGAAUUGGUCCAGGACACAAUUUUUAACAAAAAAAAAGGAGUCGAAGAAAAUAAAAUUGUCUAUUUGAUAUAUGACGGCCUGUUUAUCCAUAGGAAGGACGUAACAUCUUUGAACUAUUUGGAGAGGCUGACCAAUGUUUACAACUUUGUCAUUGUUCCUUUGAAGAAGUACAGGAGAUGGACCAAGCAGAGGAAGCGGAGCAGCGGGCCAACGCCUCCAUCUCGCUCCGCAUUCGAAUCGGAUGACGGGAAUGUGAACCAUUGGCGAAGUAUAAAUGGUAGCAGGGAUGACAGUAAAAAUGUCAGCGCGAAUGGCAGUAAAAAUGGCAGCACAAAUGAGGGCAAAAAUGUCAGCGCAGAUGGCAGCAGAAAUGUCAGCGCGAAUAUCAGUGAUACAGGGAGCCUAAGAGGAAGAGUAAACCAAAUGGGCGAUAAGGACAACUCAACCGAUCAAUGGAGCGAUCAUAACGAUACUCACCCUGUUGCAAGAAGUGCAACUCCGUCUGGGUUCGAGGAACAUUCGAUGGAUAGGAAGGAGGCCCACAUAAACAGCCAACAUGAUGGGACCCCUAUCGAUGGACAGCUGUGUGACGAAUCAGAUGAGACAAUCCCCUCCGAUGAAGGUAGCCUCCCUGAGGAAGAAAAUCUCCCAUUCGAAAUUUACUUAAAGGAUUUCUACUCUAUUUCCCAAAUCAAAGAACUGAUUCAAACCAUUAAGAAGCUUCCCCACCCAUCUGAUGGGAUUAUAUUCACCCCACUGAAUUAUCCCUACAGAACUGGCAAUUUCUUCGAGCUGCUAAAAUGGAAACCACUCAAUUUAAACACCGUCGACUUUGGAAUUGAAACCAUAUAUGACCAGCAGAAUUUUCCCGAGAAGUUUGAGCUUUUUAUUUCCAUCAGGGGCGUGAGGACGUCAUAUCGGACAUACCUUGCAGAGUAUGGCGACGUGUACAAGGAACUCCUAACCCUAGCCUUAAACAACAAAAUUUCUCAUUAUAUUAUCGAAUGCUACUACGUUGCGAAGCAUAUUUUUUCCAUUUUCAAAAAUGAAAAUGGAAUGGAGGAGAAAAUCGAAGGGGGGUGGAUUGCGCAGAAAAUUCGAUUCGAUAAGAACAUCCCCAACGACAUCUCCACGUUGAACAAAGUUAUACAGAGCAUCCUGGACAACAUAACCAUUGACUCGCUCAUCAAGGAGAUUUCGCGCAACCGCCGGGGCAAGCGCUGA